CUCUAACUUAAAGACAAACACAACAUUUUUUUUAAAGACUAUUUUGUCAUAUGACCUCAUGCCAUCUCACUGAGUCACUUUCCGUUUUCCUGCCUCACCUUGUUUGUUUUACUGGUUUAGUUUUAAUGGCUACUUUUGGCUACUUUUUCUUCCAUCGGUGUUUUUAAUUAAAUCAAAACCCAAAAGAGCUCUGGAUUAUACUCAUAUGCAAGUACCCCAGUAGAGCUCCAAACCAUUGUGGAAUUGCCUCCCCCUGGGUUUGAAUCACGUGGAUGGAGCACACACCCAUUUGGUCCUAUUCCUGUGAACCACCACCAUAAACUGAUCUUCCACAAAUGCGCAUCCAUUCCUGUACUCCCGGUUACACUGUAAGAAAGUACUUUCGAUUCAAUUCCAAUUUUUAAAAGUUAGCAAGAAGAGGGUAAAAAUUACCUUUGGACUCUUCUCUUUUCCUUUCUGAACGCUAGGACUAGAUUCCGGAUCAGUUAAGCUUACUGCCCACCUUCCCAGGUUAAUGCUUACUGUGUCAAAGAAAGAAUAUGUUGGCUUAAACAGCAACCAGAGAGUGUCAGUAGUCAGUCAAACACCCGAACUAAAAAGGUUCUAGCUAAGACUGGAAUGGAAGACGUUAUGUCCCCAAAGCCAUGCUGGCCACAGCCAGCUGAGAUGGGGCGUCAGCUAUCCCAAGCUGCAAUCUUUGGAGGACAAAUCGACCCCUGCAGGGCAGUCCCGACAUUGUUCUGCUAUUCUUGCGCAGGAGCGACAAUGCUGAACCCUGCAAACGCUUUACAUCAAGUUACUUACACCUAGAAAGGCGCUACAGUGCAGCGCUACAUGAACCUUCCAAGCUAAUGAACUACCCCCGUCCCUCCAAAGGUGAGCCAACCCGGCGUGUCCGGGAGCAAUUCAGAGUACAGCGAGCGUGCCCUCUCCCAGAGUGGGAAGCUCGCUGGCGCCCGGGCUGCACACUCUGAAUGAACCCGAGUGGGAGGGAUGCAGAGACAGGAGAAACGUACCGCGGGGGCCAGGGCACACACGCCGAGGUCCCGCAUGGGCCUCACACUUGGGAUCUGAGACGCUGGGGCAGGAGUCACCCCACGCCCCCAAGCGAUGAGGCCCGGGAGCCGGCGCCCCUGCCGGAAGAGCGGGGCCAAGCCCCGGAACCUCGCGCCCCGGGCAGCCGGGCCCCGCACGCAAACCCGGGAGCAGCGGCAGCCCCCGAGCACGCCCGGCCGCGUCGGCGCUCUCAGGGACCGCAGUCCGACCGCAGUCCCAGUCCCGGCCGAGGCCGACCGGAGGGGCAGCACCGCCCGCGGCGGGGCAAGGAGUCCCGGGCCGGCUGGUCGCGGACACCGUGGCGAAAGAGAGUUGGGCGGGCGGAGGAGCGAGCUGGAGCAGGCGCGGAGCGGCCAUCGCGGCCGCGGCCCGGUGGUCAGGCACUUACCCGGCGCCGGUGGCUCCGCAAGUCCUCCUACCCACGCUCAGCUGCGACCAGACCCGGCCAGCACCGAAGCGGGAGAACACGCUGCAGCGCAGCGAGGGCAGCACAGCAGCUUGCGUCCGGCCCCGCCCACCCCGCCCUCGUGGGCCCGCCCCCCGCCACGGCUCCCAUUGGCCGCUCCGGCCGCGGCCACGCCCAUGGCAGCGGGCGACUGGCUGGCAGCGGAGGCACCUAG